AUGGCCGAGGCGGCGGGGAGCGGCGGCGGCGGCGGCAGCGGCAGGUCCUGGAAGCGUCACAUCGUCCGGCAGCUGCAGCUCCGGGACCGGGCGCAGAGCGGCCGCUUCCUGGACGUGGUGCAAGCCUAUACCAAACUGUUGGAAAAGUCCAGCUUGCUGGUGCAUUUCACAGAGAAGCUACAGGCUGAGUCCUUUGCUCUCCAGGCCCCUAGGUCAGGGCGGGAAACCAAUGGCUCCGUGCUGGAACCAGGCUUGGGCUCCCCAGAAGCGCUGCAGACCCUGAAGAUAAAGUGCCAGGGGCAAAUUGCGGAGAUGAAAGGCGUCAGUGGGGAGUUGGCGUAUCGAAUUAUUGAACUGAGCAAAUUACUCAAGGCCAAAGAAUGUAAACUGCAGGAGCAGAAAACAAGGCUGGCGUCCCUGAGCGGGCGGUUCUCUGAGCUGGAGGCAGAGCAUCAGCAGCUGAAGGGCCGGGCGGAGGAUCUGGGCAGCGGGAACUCCGCCAGGAAGGCGGAAUACGACGCGCUUCGCGAGCGUUACCGGCUCCGGGAUGGGGAGCUGCGGCGAGCGGCCGAGAAGGAGCAGGAGCUGAUUGAGAGCCUGGUGCGGAAGAAAGUGGAGGCUGCCGAGCACCGGAACAAAAAGAACGAGAGGGUGAAGCAAGCCCAGCUGUCCAGGGAGCUGGAGCAGGCAAUGAAGAGAACUGUCAGUAUUGAUGUGGAAUCGGAGGAGCUGAAGCCGGCAGAGGUGAAAGGGCCCGUCCGAGAGCUGGAGGAACUGGAGGGCUGCGAGAAACUGUGGAAAAGGCCCUUCAGAUCGGCCUCCGCCACGUCCAUGACUCUGGCCCAGUGCGUGGAUGUCUUCAAAGGGCUGCUGGAUUUCAGGCUGAAACGAGGGAACUCCAUCAGCAGCGGAUCCGAGGUGCGCUACCGCUCCAUGCCCAUCUGCCUCGUCACCUGCCUGCCGUCCCGAGUCAGCGACGUCCAGGAGGCGCACUUCUCCGAGGUGAACGCAGUCAAGUUCAAUCCCAGCUCCGGCGUGCUGGCCACGGGCGGGGCUGACAGUCUCAUCAGGCUCUGGAGCGUGGCCGGAGGGAAGCUGGAGAACCUGCAGACCUUGGAAGGGGCUAACGGCAGCAUCACCAGCAUCGAGUUUGACCCGUCGGGCUGCCAGAUCUUGGCGGCGGCGUACAACAAUGCAGCGCAGCUGUGGCAUAUCGGGGACUGCAAAUCCAAAGAGACGCUCACGGGCCAUGCUGACAAAGUGACAGCUGCCAAAUUCCGCUCCACCCGCCACCAAGCGGUGACGGGCAGUCGGGACAGGACAGUCAAAGAAUGGGACCUGUGCAAAGGGGCCUGCUGCAGGACCAUCAACGUCGUCUCCUACUGCAACGACGUGGUGUGCGGUGACAAUGUCAUUGUGAGCGGCCACCACGACAAGAAGAUCCGCUUCUGGGACAGCAGGGGGCCCCGAUGCACGGAGGUGAUCCCAGUCGAGGGGAAGGUCACCUCCCUCCACAUCAGCCAGGACCAGAUGCACCUGCUGAGCUGCUCCAGGGACAACACGCUGAAGGUCAUCGACCUGAAGAUGAACAACGUCCGGCAGGUGUUCCGGGCCGACGGCUUCAAGUGUGGCUCGGACUGGACGAAGGCGAUCUUCAGCCCCGAUAAGAGUUAUGCGCUGGUGGGCUCCUCGGACGGCUCCCUCUACCUCUGGAACAUGGAGAGCGGGAAGCUGGAAACAACCCUGUCUGGGGAGCACAGGGCCUCGGUGAAUGCCGUGGCGUGGUGCUUCUCGGGCCAGUGUGUUGUGAGCGUGGACCAGGCGAAGAAGGUGGUGCUCUGGAAAUAG